AUGUCGGACGAAUAUUUUUAUGGUGUAACUCUAUCGGCUUCACAUCAGUCGGAGACAUGGGACCCAGAGACGAAGGCUGAGUACUCUCGUAGCACCAACAAGCUGCUCAUACGUCAAGCCCUCUUGGGUCCAGAUGCCAAGCCUGAUGAACUUAAUGUUGUUGAGGUGGAAACUAUGUCACUUCAAGAGUCUGUAAAGAUCCCAGUAGCAGUACUGAAAGUGGGGGAGACGAGGCAUGCACGUUUGGAUAUUGAGUUCCCAGAUGCCCCAGUCACUUUCACUCUCAUCCAGGGAUCAGGGCCAGUGCAUUUGAUUGGCCAGCACCUACUUGGUGCCCUCGUGGAGGAGUUUGAAGACAUGGAGGAAAUGGAGGAAGAGAUGUUGGAUGAAGAGGAAGGAGAUGAUUCUCAAUUCAAGGAAGAUGAGAAUAAAAGGAAAGCAUCAGCAGGAAAGCGCAAGACCAAUGAGGAUGAGGAUGAUGAAGAAGGUGAGCCCAAAGGUAAAAAAGCGAAAAUGUCAAACAAUGCUAAAGGCAAGGCCCCAUCGCCCAAGAAGAACGCCAAGAAGUGA